GGCUGCCCGGCCGUGAGGUGGCGCAGGAGCCGCAGGGCGGCGAGCGGCGGCCAUGGAGCUGGAGGGCGGCGGGGCCGCGGGGCCCGGGCAGGCCGCGGCGGGCCGGGGGCUCCUCCCGCUCCUGCAGCACACGGUGGGCUCCCUGCUGUCCAGCUAUGGCUGGUACAUCCUUCUGGCCGCUGUCGUCAUCUAUCUCCUCAUCCAGAAGAUAUCGCAGAGCCUGGCGGCCAGGCCGAGCGGCCAGCCCGGAGCAGCCGACGCGGCUGUGGAACCUGAGGUGGUGGUAAGAAGGCAGGAAGCCCUGGCAGCAGCUCGCCUCAGGAUGCAGGAGGAGCUGAAUGCACAAGCAGAAAGAUACAAAGAAAAACAAAGACAGCUUGAAGAAGAGAAGCGAAGGCAGAAGAUAGCAAUGUGGGAAAGUAUGCAGGAAGGAAAAAGCUAUAAAGGAAACCUGAAGCUGAAUCAGCAAGAAGUAGAGUCUGGUGCCUCCACCUCAUCAGCACUUCCCAAAUCCAAGCCAAACAAAAAGCCCUUGCGAGGAGGUGGCUAUAACCCCCUGUCUGGAGAAGGAGGUGGAACUUGUUCCUGGAGACCAGGCCGGAGAGGCCCGUCAGCAGGUGGAUGAGGCUAACCUCCCUGGUGUCCCAUCUCACCAGCAGGCUUGAUCUUCCCCAGUGUCUGACUGCCUACAGGUUGCUUGUCACAGUGACUCCUCUGGAGGUGGGCUCAGUGCAGGUGUUCACUUGAAACAGAUUUGCACCAUUUCCAAAUAGUAACGCAGAAGCUGAUGCUAAACAAGUAAAAUACCUGAUCCUCUUAGAGAUGAUGAAGACAGAAACAAUUUCAGUGUCAUCAGUUAAAUUUUCACUCUUCAGUAGAGAGGAAAUGCAGUCUCCAGCCAAGGUAAAUCACCUGGGAUAGUGAGAUCUGGGUUCUGUGACUAUUCAAAGGCUGGCCUCAGGCAAAUUUAAUUAUCUAAGCUCAGUUUACCUCUGUAAAAUGAGAAUAUUUACCAUCCUCAGCCAUGUUCCUAGAUCUCCUGUGUUUGGCUGGAAGGUACUUUAGAGGAGUAUUGUCCUCUGCAGAUAUUGUCACUGGCAGAUGACCUUGAAAUUUAGGAGGAGGGACUUUCAGAAACAGCAGCUGAACUGACAGACACCAUGGAUUUGCACUGCAGGCCAGUUGCUGCAGAAGAGUCUCUGUGACAGGCUACCUUGAAUGAUGUUUUCCUUAGAAAUGGUAAACAAACCAGUGAGGAUUACUGAUACUAGACAGCAAAUGGGGGGGAUUCUUGCUAUUAUUUUUUUUUCCAACUGCUUUGUAAAAACAAAGUACAAUUGAUAUUAAAUAUAAUUGCAAACAAAUGAUAAA